AUGCUGUCAGAUUUUCCGAUAAUAUCGGUAACUCUAUCAUGCGGACACGGUUCGGCGGGAUCGGCAAAAGCAUACCUCGAAGAUCCGGAAAUGCUCGAAGAUUGGGAUAAAGACAGAGCAUUCCUUCUUAGAGGUCAAAAAAUUCCCGUGAGUCCUACGUUAACGGAACUCGUUUUAUGCGUUGCCAGGUAUCCCUUUCACUACAGCGAGUCUCAUUUCACGGGUCUCGUGAGUUCCUAUGGAGAAGUUAAAAUGUGCUUUCUAAUGAUCUCCGAAAAAACAGGAGAGAGUAAAGGAUACGGUUUCGUCGAAUACGCUUCCAAAGAAACGGCUUUGCACGCGAAAAGCAGUUUAGACGGAUUAGUUAUAAAUGACGUGACACUUUGCGCGGAUUUCAUAGACAGCACGCACACGACGUUUGAAUCCCUGCAUUCGAAGUGCCUUUACGUGGACAACCUACCUCAAAAUUAUCGGGACAUGGGAGAGUUUCGAAGGAAAUUCAGCAAAGUAAUAAAUCCCCCAUAUUGUCAAAUCGCAUUGAAAAACGGAUGCCCGCAAAAUUGGGGACUCGUAGAGUUCAACAGCGGAGAGGAUGCGGAAAACACUUUGACGCAGUUGAACGGUUCCGAGAUCAAAGACAAAAAACUAAAAAUAUCCUACUACAUACCCGGAGUGAGAGCCAUUAAUUUGUACCUGAAACUAUUGAACGAAACGGACAAUAAUCGGGGAAAGGGAAACGGACUCCUCCCGACGCCGCCUCCGGGAGUCUUUCAAAGUUUUAAAAAUCUUCAAAAGCAGAAUCCUAUUUUCGCACAGAGUAUUCAGAAUAUAAUGGUGACGGAACAACAGCUAGGGGUGGGAAACAUGAAUUCUCCGUCGAACGGUCAGACAAGCGAAGAUGGAAAAAAUUCGUCCUCCAACAAGGUCGGAACGGCGGGUCACAGGGGUAAAAAACAGGGUCCAAAUAAUAAAACAACAACCCCUAGCUCGAACCCAAGUUCCGAAUCACCAUCGUCAACAGCAGAGACAACGAUAAGCCACGAUCAACAGGCCGCGUUUCUUCGUCUUCUCGCCGGACAAAAUCCGGCUGCUCUUCUUCAAACUCCUCAAAUGGUUUCGUUUUUAAAACAACCCAAAGGAGCACUCAAUGGAGCAGCGGUAUUAGUGCCUCAAACAGCGCUUGCUCCCGAAGCUUCUGGUUUAACAUUACCGGCGGCCAUUCCAGUUAUUCCAGCAUUAUCGGAUUUUUCCGCGAGCGGAUUGUAUCCCGAUGCGGUCAAGGCUGCUGCUUCGGCAUCUGUUAACUUGCUCGGAGUCAAUCCUGGAAUCGAUGCGGUCACGACGGGUUCUUUUCCGAGUCCGGCAACGGAAACGGGUGCUGCUUUAAACAUACCGACCGGAGGUCAAACAGCUCUGUGGAAUCCGGCAGCCGUUUUGUCAGAGUUAGGAGAGAAAGAUGUAGUGAAUGGAGACAAAACAUUAUUGGUACUUGAAAUAUUUUUUUUGUUUAAACUUUCUGUCGCUCGGGAUAAAAAGGGAACGUUGGCUGACGCACCGCACCUGACAUUUUCCCGACAGGUGAAUCCAUUAACGCAACGUACUCAGCGGUUGACGCCUUUGGUUCCGACCACGCAUCCUCUUGCACGCACUAUCAUACCAAUACCGACUGCUAUUCCUGCCGAAGAGAAUUCCGUACUGACCGAACCUCGGACCGCCGCGACGAACGGAUUUCAUCCGGCUUGGUUUCCGCAUCCCGUUUGGCCGACGGUGGGAGCUUUAGCUCACGCUCCUCCGACUCCGCCGAGGCCGAUCGGUUUCGAAGCUCAGUGCCUCCUUUCGAAAACGAACGUUCGCACAACGACUACUUCAUAUUUAACUGAUUAUCCGACGGCCGAUUGGGCGUCGAAUCCCUACGCUUCUCCCAUCCCCACGAACGUGACUCCCGUGGGUCAAAAAAGAAAACAUCCCUACACUACUUUUUUACCCUCUCCCGAGCCUUCCCCAGAAGGUCCCUACAUCGGUCAACACUCUCAGGGCAUCGGUGGCCAUUACAUCGACAGUUGGCCGAAGAGAAAGAAAAAAAAUUGA